CGUAGGUAUGGGAAACUAUUGUAGGGACAUGCUUGUUUUUCCAGGGCGUGGCUAUGGGACAACCAUACCCACAUCGUUGCUCGAGUGAGCAGGAGGGUUGCCGAUAUUACUGGACUGAAGACCGACUUCCGCGACAGCGCCACCUUCGCCGAACCUUUCCAGGUGGUGAAUUACGGCGUUGGAGGACACUACGCCCCCCACUACGACUACUACGUGAAUCAAGACAAUGUGAAGACAUCGAGCGGAUUCUCUGUAAACAGCGGGGACAGAAUGGCAACAUUUAUGUUUUAUCUGAGUGACGUGGAAGGGGGUGGCGCCACUGUGUUCCCGGAACUAGGAAUCGGAGCUCCGCCCAUCAAGAACGCUGCUCUGUUCUGGUACAACUUCCUCCCUGACGGUGCCCCCGAUCCCCGGACCAGACACGGGGGGUGCCCGGUGCUGUACGGUCACAAGUGGGUGGCCAACAAGUGGAUCCGUGAGGUGAGCGGAGCCAUGACCAGGGCAUGUACACCAGGAAUGUCCACACGAACCAAGGACGUGACAUGACGCUACGGAUAUAUAUACA